UCUUUGAUAGUGUGCUUGCUCCUGAUUUCAGCCAGCCAGUGCUACGGCGCACCUGGCAGGCUGCGUAGCUCCAGAAUUUAUGGAGGUUCAGAAGCUGCAGAGGGCGAGUUCCCUUUUGUGGUCUACUACUACUAUUACGACUAUUUUCAUUGCGCUGGAACCAUCCUCAACGAAAACUGGGUGAUCACAGCUGGUAACUGUGUAAGUGGGUACACCGUGGAGGCCAUGUACGUCCACGCCGGCACCACCCAGUCGAGCGCCGACUCUGGCGAGGUGGUGGCAGUAACCGACGUUAUCGUUCACGAGGGCUUCGAUGAGAUGGCCUACACGAACGACAUCGCCCUGCUCAAGCUGGCGCAACCGCUGUCGUUCUCGUCGACCAUACAGGCAGUCUCUCUUCCGUCAUCCGGCCAGGAGACUUCUCCCGGCACCACAGCCACCGUGGUCGGCUGGGGAACCACCGAGUCGUCCACAUCCGUCGCCAGUGCCCUGCUAAAGGUUGACGUCCCUGUGUGGUCGGACGCAGACUGCGCGGCAACGUAUGAGUACUACUUCAUGUCCCCGAGGGAGACCAACAUCUGUGCUGGAGAAGCCGACAGAGGAGAAUGUGGGGGAGAUGGUGGUGGUCCGCUACUGGUGAACGGGCAGCAGGUGGGAAUUACCUCCUGGGGUGGUUACGACUGUGCCACUGCAGACUCGCCAGGGGUCUUCACUGAAGUUUCCUAUUACGUCGACUGGAUCAAUCAGAACGCAGUGUGAGGUGGAGAGAUUCCUGAUUUUUUCGUUCUGUGAACUAUAGUAACCACAAUAAUAAGCCUUAAGAAAU